AUGGAUGGGUAUGAAGCAACUCGGAUUGUGCUCUCUCGAAUCCAAAGCUUAGACCCAGAAAACGCAUCGAAGAUCAUGGGUCUUCUCCUUCUCCAAGAUCACGGUGAGAAAGAGAUGAUAAGAUUAGCUUUUGGUCCAGAGACUCUUGUUCACUCUGUAAUAGUCAAGGCUAAGAAAGAGUUAGGUCUCAUGAGGCCUUCAUGGAGUCAAGAGGAGUUAAUUAGCCCCAAGAACAACCGUGGCUCUUCUCUCAAUCCGGCUUCUUUGCCCUUCUACGCCAAUGGAGGAAGAUCUUCUAGGGAUUUGACCAACGAUUUUGAGUUCAUGGAUGAUGUGAACCCAAGAGCUGAUUUUUUGGGCUCUGUGCAUGCGAGAAGUGGUAGCUGCGUGUUGGACGGUUUAGGGUAUGGUGAUACCGACUUAGGGUUUGGAGGUGUUCCUUGUUCCUACUUCGCUAGAGGUUUCUGCAAAAACGGAAGUAGCUGCAGAUUCGUUCAUAGUGAUGGAGGAGGAGCUGAAUUUGCUGGCUCUCCAAGCAGAAUCGAGCUUCUUAGGUCUAACUCUGUUCCUCCAAGACUCGCUCACCACUUCAUGACUCGCUCUUCACUUUCUUCUUUCUCUCCCAAAGGUGUUAGCUUGCAGCAGAGUGAUGUUCAAAGAGCUGCUGCUUUGAUGAUAGGAGAUGAAUUGCAGAAGCUUGGUAGAUGGAGGCCUGAAAGGAUCGAUCUCUCUGCUAUGGCUUGUCCUGCUUCGAGGCAGAUCUAUCUGACAUUUCCUGCCGACAGUAGAUUCAGGGAGGAAGAUGUGUCCAAUUAUUUCAGUACUUUUGGACCAGUUCAAGAUGUGAGGAUACCAUAUCAGCAAAAGAGGAUGUUUGGGUUUGUGACAUUUGUGUACCCUGAGACUGUCAAGAGCAUUCUUGCAAAAGGGAACCCUCACUUUGUCUGUGAUUCCAGAGUUCUUGUUAAGCCUUACAAGGAGAAAGGCAAAGUUCCUGAAAAAUACAGAACUAACCAAACAACGGAGCGAGAUUUGUCCCCAACAGGCCUUGAUUCUAGCCCCAGGGAUGUUCUAGGCGGGAGAGGGUUCUAUAACAACGCGCAAGAUGUGUUGUGGAGGAGUAAGUUUGAAGAAGAGAUUCUUGAGCUACAGAGCAGAAGGCUGAUGAAUCUGCAGCUUCUUGAUGUCAAGAAGCAUUUCCAACUCAGUUCACCUACACAGAUUCAUUCCCCGAAUCCUUUCAGCCAAACACUUGCAUCCCCACGCCCAUUGCCGGCGAAAGCAGGGGAUUAUGUAGGAAGAGAGACAGGGAAAGGAAGUUCCAAAGAAGGAUCUGAUGAUGAUACAAUGAAUCUACCAGAGAGGUUGGAGGAUAGCUUGCCAGACAGUCCAUUUGCGUCGUCUGCUAAUCAUUUGCUUCUGUUUGCUGAGUCUUCAGACAAUAAUGGAUCGGAUUUGUGGUCGCCUUCUUCUGAUAAUGAUGAUCAUUCUACUCCUUCUACACUUUCUGACUCCUUCAACUCUUUCAACUGCCAGAUGCCUAGGUUACCGGCUAUUGGAAUGCUACCCGGUAGGGGUGGACCGACUUGUCGUGUCGGGAUAUGA